GUGAGCUCGUGGUGCACGUUUGGACACGCAGCCGGAGAGGAGCCCGCGCGCAGCCGACCAGCUUUCUCUUUAAAAACUCCCUGACUUUGUCGCUGCUCAGAGUUCGGGCAUGAAAAGCCGAAGAGCGGCUUUGAUAUAAACUUUCAAAGGAUUGUUCUUUUCCUCGAAUGCAACACUUGCCUUUGAUCCCGCGCAGAGGAGCCGUUGCGUGUCGCGUGCCGCGGUGUCAUUUGGAAUGAGUGUUGCGCGCGAGUAAAGCACGAUCAUUUGGGAUUUAUUCUGGGUGGAGUGACACCAACAGACGGAGUGGAAUCGGCUCGGAACAUGCUGCAAAAUGGAAAAGUCAAAGAAGAGCCAGAGCCAGAGACGAGCAGUCAGGGUGAGAGCGCAGAGACCAAGCCGCCGGAGAAGGAGCGCGACCCCGGCACACACUUCCCCAUGCCCAACCCGAACCCUGCUGCUCUCUACCCGAAACUCGAGAUCAAGCGCAACGCCGUGACGGACGAGUACAAGAUCUCCUCUCAGGUCCUCGGCCUGGGCAUCAACGGCAAAGUGCUGGAGUGUUUUAACAAGAAAACCGGGGAGAAGUGCGCUCUGAAGAUUCUCUACGACAGCCCGAAGGCACGCCGCGAGGUGGAGCUGCACUGGCGCGUCUCCUCCGGGCCGCACAUCGUGCGCAUCCUGAGCCUCUAUGAAAACAUGCACCAUGGGAAAAAGUGCCUUCUCAUUAUCAUGGAAUGUAUGGAAGGAGGAGAGCUCUUCAGUAGGAUUCAGGCCAGGGGCGACCAGGCCUUUACUGAGAGAGAGGCGUCUGAGAUCAUGCGAGACAUCGGCACCGCCAUCGAGUACCUCCACAACAUGGACAUCGCACACAGAGACAUCAAGCCGGAGAACCUGCUUUACAACAGCAAAGACUCCAACUGCGUCCUCAAGCUCACUGACUUCGGCUUCGCCAAAGAGACCACGCUGCACAACCCGCUGCAAACGCCCUGCUACACUCCCUACUACGUCGCUCCUGAGAUUCUCAGUCUGGAGAAAUACGACAAAUCGUGUGACAUGUGGUCUCUGGGCGUGAUCAUGUACAUCCUGUUGUGCGGCUUCCCGCCGUUCUACUCUAACACAGGACAGGCGAUUUCCCCCGGCAUGAAGCGACGUAUCCGUAUGGGCCAGUACGAGUUUCCCAACCCCGAGUGGGCCGAAGUGUCCGAGGAAGCCAAACAGUUGAUUAACCAGCUGCUGAAGACCGACCCCAAUGAGAGGAUGACCAUCUCACAGUUCAUGAACCAUCCCUGGAUCAAUUCCAUGGUGGUUCCUCCGACGCCGCUGCACACCACGCGCGUCCUCACUGAGGACAGAGAGCUGUGGGACGAAGUGAAGGACGAGAUGACAAGUGCACUUGCCACCAUGCGUGUGGACUAUGACCAGGUGAAGAUUAAAGACCUGGACACUUCCAGCAACCCGCUGCUCAACAAGAGAAGGAAGAAAGCUGCAGCGGCGGGAGGAAAGGGUGGGGCAACCGUCUGCAACAGCCAAUGAGACGAGAGGGAGGGACGGACGGACGAGGACAAAUGGACAAAUUUAUAGACGAGUGAAGAAUGGAGAGGUGGAGGAGGAAGUGAACAUGAAGAGAAAAUGAGGACACUCUUUUGACUAUAAACAGCAGACACACACACACACACACACAUUAUCUCUGAGUCCCUAUAGAUGCUAAGAUUUGUAUUUUUACACAUCAUAUAUCACGUAAGUUAUAUUAAAUUAAACAUGUCUAUAGGUAAUGCAUUCAGUCGCACAUAUAUAUGUGUGUGUGUGUGUGUGUGUGUGUGUGGUGCAUUUAUAAGGCCUUGACUAUUAAUACAGUAUGCUUUCCUGAGACACUACACACAGACGGUACACUGCCGGUGUGAAGCAGAAAAAGUUUGUCCUUCCUCCCCACUGCCUCCUCAUCCUCGGACAACACGAAGAAGAUCGAAUCUGGGAGUACACACACUUCAGCGGACACACUCUGUAGAAAUGAUUGUGUGUGUGUGUGUGUGUGUAAGAGAGAGUUUUGUACCUCAUUAGUGGGCUGUAUCAUCAUCAUCAUCAUCAUCAUCCUUGUGUCACAGGAUGCUCCGUUUGUAUUUGCUCUUCUCUUUUACACCCUUUUUAAACAGAAGAAUGUUUUAUUUUUAUUUCCUAUUUCUUGAGGACUCUUACAGGAACAUUUUAGCCAAAAAAAAAGAAAAAAAAAGUUAUUUGUGAUGUUUGACGUUUCCCUUGGAGUCUUUUAUUAUGAAUUAACUGAACAGAACGUACCAGAGAGCAGCCACUGUGUUUAAAGCAACAUCAUUUUAAUAAUUAAAAAAAAAAGAAAUGAAUUAAUCAAAUGCAGAAGAUUCUUCUUAUUCCUAAUUUUCAUUGGAAAGUUGACAUUUUUACACUCUUAUGUGAGUGUAACUCCCCUCAGGGCAAAACAUGCAGAUUUAAUGAGAUGUGGCGUUACUGGAGUAAUAAUUACUGUAAUAAAAGUACGAUGAUUUACUUUAAUGUAAAAUAUACAGGAAUAAUUACUUCACAGAUACUUCACAAAAGUACUCUAAAAAUACACUUUUUCUUUUGUUUUGUGAAACGCAUUUUCCCAUAGGAAAUAAUGUAAAUGCAGAUAAUCCGUUCCAGCAACGCAAAAAAUAUCACCAAUAUUACUCAUUUCCAACACUAUAAUCAAAUGUUUACAUAUAAAAACAGUCAAAACAUUUAUAAGAGCCGAGUAAUGAAGCAAAAUAUAAAAUAAAUAGACAUUAAACCUCACCGAAAUUUCUGAUUCGUCUUGGCACCCGCUGCUUUAAA